AUGGUCCUACACUGCACGGCGUACAUGGCGGUCGAUCGUGGGAUAAUCGUGGCGGCGCUCACCCUCCUCAGCCACAACGAGACGGCUGAGCUCUCGCUCCAGCAGCAUCUCGAUAUCUCGCCAGACCUGAUCGCGUACCCGCCCCAGAUCGCCACCGAGGCGGACCAAGAGCCGCUGAUGAUGGCACAGCAGGUGCCUCAUCAGGCGACGGAUAAAAAGCGCGUCAAGGUUUACGAGCUGCGCAAUAACGACUGGUUCGAUAGAGGCACCGGCUUCUGCACCGCCUCCUAUACCACGACAGAAGGUGGACGCAAAGACCCUCGCGUCAUUGUCGAGUCCGAGGACCAACCCGAGCGCCUACUUCUCGAAACAAAAAUUCAAAAGGAAGAUGGGUUCCAGAAGCAGCAGGAGACGCUCAUUGUCUGGCAGGAGCCAGGGAGUGGUGUCGACAUGGCACUGAGUUUUCAGGAAGCCGAAGGCUGUGCAAUUAUUUGGAGAUUUGUUAACAACAUUCAACAAACAUUUCACAACACCCUCGCCGGAGCCGGUAUGCCUCAAGACAGUGCUGCAUUUGUGCCGCCCGCUAACCUAUCAGAUGAUGCCCUCUCCGAUGACCUCACCGUCGACCUACCCCAGCACAAUGUCAACCUACCCGCCGCCGAACUUGGUAACCUUAACGACAUUGAUACUGGCAUGCGCAUCAUGAGCACCACCGCUAACGGCCGGGACGCUUUGGCCAAAUUUAUUAUGGCCGAGGGCUAUAUCGGCAAGCUCAUUCCCCUUGUCGAAAUGGCUGAGGACCUCGAGAGCCUGCCAGACCUACACCGACUUUGUAACAUCAUGAAGUCGAUUAUUUUGCUAAACGACACCACCAUCAUUGAGCACGCCGUAUCCGACGAAAAUGUUUUGGGCGUUGUCGGAGCCCUCGAGUACGACCCCGACUUUCCCAGCCACAAGGCCAACCACCGCCACUGGCUGGACAAUCAAGGUCGCUAUAAAGAGGUGGUGCCAAUCGAAGACGAAACCACACGACGCAAGAUUCACCAGACCUAUCGACUUCAAUAUCUCAAGGAUGUCGUCCUUGCCAGAAUCCUCGAUGACCCGACUUUCUCUGUACUCAAUUCUCUCAUCUUCUUCAACCAGGUCGAUAUUCUCUCACACCUGCAAUCCAAUGCCGAAUUUCUCAAUGAACUCUUUGGCAUCUUCACCGCAUCCCAGUCCGAAUACGGGCGCAAAAAGGAGGCCGUUUUGUUCAUCCAGCAAUGCUGUGGCAUCGCCAAGACGAUCCAACCACAUGCUCGCCAAACUCUCUACAACAACUUUAUCGCACACGGCCUGCUCCAGGUCAUUCACUUCGGGCUUCGCCACGACGACGUUGCUGUGCGCGUCGGCGCCACCGAGAUUCUUGUUUCCAUCAUCGAUCACGACCCGUCAAUGAUCCGACAGACCAUUUACCGCCAGAUGCACGAAAAUCAGCCCUCGUUGACCGAUUCUUUGAUAGAGCUUCUACUUGUCGAAGUCGAUCUAGGAGUCAAGUCUCAGAUUUCCGAGGCUGUAAAGGUCAUCCUUGAUCAGGGCGUGCAAGGUCAAGGGCCCGAGGUUGUGGCGAGGGUCAAUGGCGAAUUUCUCAGCCGCCCGAGACCACAGCAGUCGGCCGAUCCCCAGCAAGAGUUGUUUCUCACGCGCUUCUACGAUAGAUCGGCCGCGAAGCUGUUUAAACCGCUCCUCGACUUGGAAAAUCGCACUGAUAUGAAACUCUCCGUGCAUCAAGCUUCCAUGUUCAGCUAUCUCAUCGAGAUUCUGAGCUUCUUCAUUCGCCAACACCAUCGUUUCAGCCGCUUUUUCGUCAUGAACAACAAUAUCGUUGAACGCGUUGUUAACCUCAUCAAGUCGCCCGAGAAAUAUCUUCGCUUGGUUGCUAUUCGAUUCUUCCGCUGCCUCGUUGGGCUUCAGGAAGAAUUCUACCUGAAGCAAAUCACAGAAAAGCGCGUGCUUGGGCCGAUUCUGGACGUUCUUAUCGCCACGAUGCCGCGAGACAACCUGGUUAGCUCUGCCUGUCUCGAACUAUUCGAAUAUAUCAAAAAGGAGAACAUGAAGGAUCUGGUCAAGCACCUCGUGGAAACAUACAGAGACCGUCUGGCUGAGCUGAGCUACAUGUCAACUUUUCGUGACAUAGUUUUACGCUACGAUCAAACGCAAGGCUUCACGACAGACGUUGAAUACUUUCUGGAAUCGGAAGAGGACAUGACUAGACGUUUACCUCCCAAUGCGAGAUUAAUGGAGCAUAUCACGGUCGAUCCCCAAGAAGAUGAGUAUUGGGAGAACACGUCGGAUCCGGAAGACGAGGGCGAAGAAGCCCAAAAUGCCAACAGUGGUUCCACACCGUCGAAACCGUUGGUGGAUUAUGCAUCCGAUGAAGAGGGCGAUGAUGCCGCCGUCGAAGAUGAAGAGGUCAUGAAGGAUGAAGACGCCGACAAGUCAGUAUCCUGGUCGAAACAAGAGUCUGUAAAGUCACCUCCGGAGCGCAUCAGUGAGAAGCGAAGACGAGAAGAUGACGAAGACGAAGACGAACUCGGAAAGCUCGUCGCCAACAAGCGCCGCAACAGCGGCUCCACCGACGCAAACACUGUCACAGCCAGUAAGGCCAGCUCGACGCGCCGGCGAAGCUUUUCCACUGGCAGCGCAAACUCGAAAAAGAUUGCGAUUAGUCUAUCCCCUGCCCUCAAGAGCGGCGGGGAUUUGCGAUCAGACGACGAAACGUGA